AUGAACGUGACUGACACCACAGUGCCAUCGAGGGGACGGCCAUACGCCAACUUCACCAGCAUCCCAUAUCCGGAACCUCCUGACCACCUUCUGGUGGCAACCACGGCAUUCUAUGUCAUCAUCUUCCUGUUGGGCAUAGGCGGGAAUCUGCUCGUGCUGCUCGUCUUCCUGUCCUGUCGCUCUCUGCGCACCUUCAUCAACUUCCUGUUCCUGAACCUGUGUCUGGCUGACUUCCUUGUGCUGUUGAUCAGCGGACCUACUGCGGUGUUGGACAUUUACGCCAUGGAGGUGUGGUACCUGGGAGGUGUCAUGUGUACGUAACUCACUUUUUAUAUCUCAUUAACGUCACAACUCAGUUUUCCCUACCGCUAAACGAAGACCUGAGGACGUUCGCUACAGGUCACGUCAGAAACAUUUCGACCAAUCAGAUCAUCGAUUUCCAGGUCGGGAAAGUGGCAUUCGGAAUGUGCUUUCUGAUCAUGCAACCUCGAAAAGGUUAACACGGCGACGCGGCAUAUCUCGUUUAACUGUAUUAUUUUUAAAAAGAGACUACCUCUAAACCAUUGGAAAGUGCUGCAAACAAUAUCAUUCAGUUUUACUUUUUUCAAAUUUUAUCGAUGUUUUUUUUUCAAAACGAA